UUAACAUCAUCAUAAUACAUCAUCUGUAGUCUAUAUAUAUAUUCCUAUCUGGAAUUCAAUGAAUGGAAACUGAUGGUGAAAUGGGUCGUUUAAACAUUGACAUUUUAUCCUCAGAAUCUUUAAAUAUUGACUUAACAAUGACUCGUCAAACGAGUGGAGCUGGUAACAACGACGAAGAGGAGGAGGAAGCGGGCGGUUGUUCGUCAACAAAAACAUUAACGCCACGAUUAUCGCCCACUGAACGUGUACCAUCCGAUACAACGACAAUGGGCUCAAUACGAGCUGUUCUAAUUGAUCCAUUGACAAUUAGAUUGCAAAAUUCCGAUGAGCAUCGUGUGCAAACAAUUUUACAACGUGAAUCGUCAAGUUCAGUGACAGCAGCGAGUUCCACAUCAAGUGUAACGAGCAGAAUUUCAGCUAACGUUCUUUUUAAUUUGCCCGCAUCACCGGAACGUUUAGUCACAAAGAAAAUGCCAGCAAUUUCCAAGUCUCAAAUGAAGGAAUUUAGAGAAGCCUUCAGGCUCUUCGAUAAGGAUGGAGAUGGCAGCAUCACGAAAGAGGAACUUGGUAGAGUUAUGCGUUCCUUAGGCCAGUUCGCAAGAGCCGAAGAACUUAGAACAAUGUUACAAGAAAUAGACAUUGACGGCGACGGAAAUGUGAGCUUUGAAGAGUUCGUGGAAAUCGUCAGCAAUAUUGGAGGUGCCAGUGCAGCAGCACCGCCUGAUCAAGAUCAAGAAGAACAAGAACUUCGUGAUGCCUUUCGGGUGUUUGACAAACAUAAUCGAGGAUACAUUACAGCAUCCGAUCUACGAGCUGUUCUACAAUGUUUAGGCGAGGAUCUCUCCGAAGAAGAAAUCGAGGACAUGAUAAAAGAAGUAGACGUUGAUGGUGACGGUCGUAUCGACUUUUACGAAUUCGCACACGCCUUAGGCGAGCCAGGAAUAGACGAGGACGAGGAGGAUGAGGAUGAGGAUCCUCAAUCUCCCACUUUCUGAAGAUCACAAGACUAUUGAUUAUUAUCCUCUUCUUCCAAGUCCACCUGAAUUUCAAAGUGACUCAAAUUUCACACUCAUCGAUGAUAAUGUGUCUCAUUAAUAUUUUUAUUUUUUUACUGUCAAAUUUGUUCAAAUACGUAUUUUUCUCUUUUUUCUUUUUUCUUAUUUUCUUUUCUCCAUUCUUUCUUGUUCG